AGUGCGGGCGGGAGGGCGCCUGUCAGGGUCUCCGGGAGUGGCAGCCCUCAGGUGGCUGCAGAGCCGAAGCCGGGCCGCCGCGCCGCGCUGCACCAUGGCGCCCACACUGGCCACUGCCCAUCGGCGCCGCUGGUGGAUGGCCUGCACGGCCGUGGUGGAAAACCUCCUCUUCUCGGCAGUCCUCCUGGGCUGGGGCUCGCUGCUCAUCAUGCUCAAGUCGGAGGGCUUUUACUCCUACCUGUGUACUGAGCCAGAGAAUGUCACCAAUGGCACGGUGUGGGACACGGCAGAGCCGGAGCACAAGGUGGUGAGCUGGAUGAAUGGCUGGCUCAGCUGCCAGGCCCAGGAAGAGAUGCUGAAUUUGGCCUUCACUGUGGGCUCCUUUCUGCUCAGCGCCAUCAGCCUGCCCCUGGGCAUCGUCAUGGACAAGUACGGCCCGAGGAAGCUUAGGCUGCUGGGCAGUGCCUGCUUUGCUGUCUCCUGCUUGCUGAUUGCAUAUGGAGCAAGUAACCCAAACUCUCUCUCAGUUCUCAUCUUCAUCGCCCUGGCUCUGAAUGGCUUUGGCGGGAUGUGCAUGACCUUUACCUCAUUAACACUGCCCAACAUGUUUGGAGACCUUCGGUCCACAUUUAUUGCCUUGAUGAUUGGCUCCUAUGCCUCCUCAGCAGUCACCUUCCCGGGAAUCAAGCUCAUCUACGACUCUGGUAUCUCCUUCAUCGUCAUCCUUGUGGUCUGGGCCAGCUGCUCCGGGCUGGUUUUCCUCAACUGCUUCUUCAACUGGCCUCUGGAGCCCUUCCCGGGGCCGGAGGACAUGGACUACUCGGUGAAGAUCAAGUUCAGCUGGCUGGGCUUUGACCACAAGAUCACGGGGAAGCAGUUCUACAAGCAGGUGACUACAGUGGGGCGCCGUCUCAGCGUGGGCAGCUCCAUGAGGAGCGCCAAGGAGCAAGCGGCGCUGCAGGAGGGCCACAAGCUGUGCCUGUCCACCGUCGACCUCGAGGUGAAGUGCCAGCCAGAUGCCGCAGCAGCGCCCUCGUUCAUGCACAGUGUGUUCAGCCCCAUCCUGCUGCUCAGCCUGGUCACCAUGUGCAUCACUCAGCUGCGGCUCAUCUUUUACAUGGGGGCCAUGAACAACAUGCUCAAGUUCCUGGUCAGCGGUGACCAGAAGACAGUCGCCCUCUACACCUCCAUCUUCGGCGUGCUCCAGCUGCUCUGCCUCCUGACGGCCCCCGUCAUCGGCUACAUCAUGGACUGGAGGCUGAAGGAGUGCGAGGAUGCCUCUGAGGAGCCCGAGGAGAAAGACGCCAACCAAGGCGAGAAGAAGAAGAAGCGGGACCGGCAGAUCCAGAAGAUCACCAACGCCAUGCGGGCCUUUGCCUUCACAAACCUGCUGCUUGUGGGCUUUGGGGUGACCUGCCUUAUCCCCAACUUGCCUUUGCAGAUCAUCUCCUUCAUCCUGCACACAAUUGUCCGAGGAUUCAUCCACUCUGCCGCCGGGGGCCUGUAUGCUGCUGUGUACCCCUCCACUCAGUUCGGCAGCCUCACAGGACUGCAGUCUCUGGUCAGCGCGCUCUUUGCUCUCCUGCAGCAGCCACUGUUUCUGGCCAUGAUGGGUCCCCUCCAAGGAGACCCUCUGUGGGUGAACGUGGGGCUGCUUGCCCUGAGCAUGCUGGGGUUCUGCCUGCCCCUCUACCUGAUUUGCUACCGGCGCCAGCUGGAGAGGCAGCUGCAGCAGAAGCAGGAGGACGACAAGCUUUUCCUCAAGAUCAACGGUUCAUCCAACCGGGAGGCCUUUGUGUAGCGCCUGCCACCUCGGAACUGGGGCCUCCUGCCUGUGCUUCAGUGACUGAUCCGUGUCCUCCUCCCCACCCCAGAGGACCCCACGCACCCCUAGGACCCUCUCCUUCACCAUGUUGGAGUCCACGCUCCGUCCCAGGGGCCUGGUCUGCCUCAGAGCUCUGUGGUGGAAGGACAGGAGAAGGCCCAGGACGGGCCAGUCUCUAUUGCUAAAAGCAGGGGCUGCUCUGCUGCUGCCCCCGAAGGACCCUGGGGCCCCGGGGCUCCACGGUGCCUGCAGGAGGAGGCUCUCUCCCUCGAGUGUCUGGAUUCUGCCUCUUGCCAAAGCAGAGGGGUCUGCCAUCCCCUGCCGCCACCUGCCUCUUGGCUGCAUGCCCACCGGCCACGCCUGCCCAAGGACAAAGGCUUGCACUGUCUGCACCCCCUCGCCUGGCCCCUCACCUCCUCCUCUGGCCAGUGUGAGGCUGCCUGAGGAAGGAAGGACCCGCUUCCUGUUGUUGGUGCUAACUCCUUUGUAAUUCCAGCCCCCCAUGGCCUGUCCUCCCAUUUGAGGCCUGUGGAGAAGCCCCCCUGGCUUCCAGCCUGGGGAGGGAUGAGGGCCAGGUGGUCGCACAAAAGCCUCAGGAGUGUGGACAAGGCUGACGACCGGAAGUCCCGCGUCUCUUCCCUCAGGGCCUACAGGGGCAGCGCAUUUCCCCUGCCACCUGAGGCCAGUCUGCCACCUGAGGGGGAUUAAAGGACCACCACCAGGGCGCCCCCCACAUACACAGCUGUUCUGUGGGGGUGGGAGUAAGGCUGCGGCUCACAGACGUGGAGGCCCAGGCCUGGGCUGGGAAGUGGAUUUGUGAUGGGCCCCAGGGUGUGUGUGUGCAUGUGGUAUGUGUGAGAUGGGGUGUGGGUGGGCUCUGGGGGCGUCUGCCCCUGUUCCCACCCGCCAGACCAGGAGCCAACCAGGCCUGCAACAGGCCCUGCACGAGGGAGCCGCCUGGCUCACAGCCAGGAGCCAGUAUAAGGCCACAGGGCCAUAGCGCCCCCUGCUGGCGGACUCUGCCAGGGCCCUGGCACUGUUUACGCGGGAGAGGCCAGGCCUUCCUGGCUCACCCAC